AUGGAGGUAUUAAGCCGCAUUUCAACUACAUUUGAAAAUAUCAAGAACACAAUAAAGAAUAGAAAUUCUUCGGAACGUCUGAUGACCCUUAAAAAGGACAUACAAAUUUUGAACACGGAGUUGGUCACCUUCGGUAAGGAAAACCAUGAUCAAUAUGUAAGGUCUCUUGCAAUGGAAGGUUACAUAACGCUGCUCUCUGUAAAAACUAUGCCGAUAUCGUUAUCGGACAAAAGAAAUGUUUUACAAGAUGCCUUCGAAAAAUUAAGACAGUUCGAGCUCCGGGAAGAAUGUCUUUUCAUACUACUAAGAAUACAGAAUCUUUUAUGCUAUUAUCUUAUUCAGUUGGAUCAAGUGAACAUGGCGAAAAACAUACUCGAAAGCAUGGAGGACUUAUAUGAAAAAAUAAGCAAAUCACCUUCGGAUAAUUUCUACGAUGCGGAAGAUUUGUUUACAACAGAACCACUUUCAAAGAUCAAGCGAGUGAACCCCGAAAAGAUCGACAAAGUCAUUACGAACAAUGUUCAGAUGCAGGCAUUUUUGUACAACAAACUGAACAUGCCCGAAAAGUACACGCUUUACAAUCAUACAGCAUUGAGACGGCAAUUGGAGAUGAAAGAAGGCACUCCUCAAGACUGGGCCAUGAGAACUGCCAGACUGGGUAAUUAUUUCACUUAUCUGAACCAGCUGGGGAACGCACGCCAUCAUCUAUCGGCGGCAUAUCAUGUCUUACGCACGUGUCAUGAUAAUUGCAAGCUGAUGCCGGAGGAAUUUGUAUUGCAGAAAGCCGAUUUCGAGAUGCACUUCUUGGAACUUAGCCACCACUGGGUCAAGUAUGGUCUAACUCUGUUCAAGCUUUCGAAAAAGAAAGUAUUGAACCGUUACUUUUCGAAUCCGACCACCACCAAGGCGAAUCUGUGGAAAACGGUUACAAUGAACGAUCUGGACGAAAACGUCGUGAACGUCGAAAAAUACGACGACGACAACGUCAAGGACGUCGGGGCCGAGAAGAAUGGAAAGGGGGACUGCGUCGCGGAAAAAAUUUUCACGUUCCCCACUCUAGAUCUGAAUGCAUUGGAAAGCAGGGUUCCGUCGGAGAUCAUCUGCGAUAUCGAGGCAGCGAGGCGACUGUUCGCCUUCACUCACAAGUGGCUAAUGCGAGCGAAGCAUUACUACGAUUUCGAGCACCACGCGGCGCAGUAUAUAUCCUGCUCUUUGCAACUGGCAGAGCUGUACGAGCACUUGGCGUUCUUCGAGAAGAACAUAGACAACCAGUACAACAUCCAGAAGAGGCGCGCCGACGUGCUGGAGGCGCUCAACUCGCUGCUGAAGAACUGCGACUCUGUGAUGUCGGUGCAAAUUGACGUGAUCAAGGAACUGUCCCAGGUGCAGCUAGAACUGAUGGCGUUAAACCUUCAGAAGCUGUGGAGGGAGGAGUCGCAGACGAACAUAAUUAACCUGGACGCGGACGCUGAUUCAAUUAUAAACUCAUUGGAUUCUGAAUCCAAUAAGACAUUGACCGAGAAAACUCUGAAUACGACAAGCAAAAACAUGUUUCUGCGGAAAAUGCAAGCGGCUACGCUGUUGAAUGGCAAAUUGUUUCGCUUAAGCGGGCAGCUUGAAACGAAGACGCCGUCACAGCUUAGUUUUGGCACCGACGUAUUCAAGAAC